AUGGAGAGUAGAGAAGGAGAUAAAGAGGAGAGAGUACGCAAAGUCUUAGAGUCUGGAAAAAACUCUAAUAAGAGUAAGGGAAUUGAUAUUGGAGAAUUGAGUAGUGGAGGUAAUAAAGGAAAGUUGGUAGGAAGUUUGUUGAAGGAAAAUUCAGGGAGUAAAGAAGUGAUAGAGAAGAUAAAAGGAAGUGAGGUGAAUUCAGAAAUAGAGGGUAAUGCUUUGUCUUCUUCUGGUAAAGUGAGGAGAAUAAUGUAA